AUGGCCUCGCUGCCCCAUCUCCUCCUCCCCACCCACCAAAAUCCUAACCCUCGCACCGCCACCCUCCUCUCCUCCUCCUCCGCCAUCAGGUCUCACCGGGUCAGCUCGCCCGUCACCUCCGCCAAACCCCUCGCCUCCUCCCAGAAGACCCAGCUCGCCGGGUCGACCCAGUUGGAAGCCCUCCCUCCUCCCUGGAGAAGCUUCUCACUGGGCUGGCUCACCGGGUCGAGAUGGAGCCGUCGCGGCGGCGAGAAAGCGCCGGAAGGCGGAGGAGAGGAGGAGCGCCGCCGUCUGGGGGUUUUGGCCGGCGUAUCUCCGGCGGACGCGAGGGCGGCGCUGGUGGCCGCCGCCGUCUCUCUGGCCUUCCGGCUUUUCAUGGCGGAGCCCCGGUCCAUCCCUUCCUUGUCCAUGUACCCCACAUUUGACGUUGGAGACCGGAUAGUUGCAGAGAAGGUAAACUCACUCGUCCUCUACCUGGUGUACCCAUUGGCUGAUGAAUGAAUCCUCAUGCGGCGCCAUCGGUGGCCAGGUCUCGUACUUGUUCAGGACACCCUGCGUGAACGAGAUUGUGAUAUUCAAGAGCCCACCAGUCCUGCAGGUAAGAAUUCGACAGAAAAUAGUAAUUUUGAUCGGUACAUGUGAAAAUGAUUCUGAGUUCCCCUGUAUUAUACAGGAAAUUGGAUACAGCGACGAGCAGGUCUUCAUCAAACGGGUCGUCGCCAAGGAAGGUGAUGUAGUUGAGGUGAUCAUUCCUCUCUCUCUCUCUCUCUCUCUCUCUCUCUCUCUCUCUCUCUCUCUCUCUCUCACACACACACACACACACACACUCACUCACUCACUCACUCACUCACUCACUCACUCUAAUCUGGUCUGUGAUCCUGAUGUUUAAUUGUUUUUCGGUGUGGAAGGUGCAAAAUGGGAAGCUCAUAGUGAAUGAGAGAGAGAGAAAUGAGGACUUCAUUCUUGAACCCCCAUCAUACGACAUGAACCCUACAGUGAGUCUUAGAUUCCCCCCCUCAGUCAACGCCUAUGUUUGCAUGAGCCGAUGGGUGUUCUUCGUCACAGAAAGUACCAGAGGGCAACGUCUUCGUGAUGGGCGACAAUCGAAACAACAGCUAUGAUUCCCACAUCUGGUAUCCUCUAGCUGCAUUCUAUAGAUCUAAUUCAAACGAUUUUUUAUAUUUCUGCUUCUGGUUGGCUGAUUUGGGAUCUGUGUGAAGGGGGCCUCUGCCGCUGAAGAACAUAGUGGGGAGAUCUGUGUACAGGUAUUGGCCGCCGGACAGGGUUGGGAGCACCGUCAGUAGAGACGGGUGGGUGCCUGUGGGAUUAGGGUUCUUCGCUCGUCCAUAA